AGAGGGGAGGAGGGGAGGGAGGAAGGCGAGAGAAAGCGCGCUGCGUGCGGCCCCGCUGCCCAGAGCCUGCCAGCAGCGCGCCCUCGGCGGCUUCGGUCCCAACCGCGCCCGCCGCCUCGCCUCCUCCGCCUCGGCCGCGUCCGGACUCCGGGGCUCGCCCGGCCUCUCGGAGUUCCCCGCUGCCUGCCCCGGCUCUCCGCUACGCCGCCCGGCUCCAGCCCCGCAGCCCGACCCGGGGGAAGGUAGCAGCGGGCGAGCGCGCCCUCGCCUCCAGCCCCGCGCCCCAGCCCCGCGCGGCGACGAAGUACCGGGAAGAUGAACGGCGGCGGCAAAGCCGAGAAGGAGAACACCCCGAGCGAGGCCAACCUUCAGGAGGAGGAGGUCCGGACCCUGUUCGUCAGUGGCCUGCCUCUGGACAUCAAGCCCCGAGAGCUGUACCUGCUCUUCAGACCAUUCAAGGGCUAUGAAGGCUCUCUCAUAAAGCUCACGUCUAAACAGCCCGUAGGCUUUGUCAGUUUCGACAGUCGCUCAGAAGCAGAGGCUGCAAAGAACGCUUUGAACGGCAUCCGCUUCGAUCCUGAAAUCCCGCAAACACUACGACUAGAGUUUGCUAAGGCAAACACGAAGAUGGCCAAGAACAAACUCGUAGGGACUCCAAACCCCAGUACUCCUCUGCCCAACACUGUACCUCAGUUCAUUGCCAGGGAGCCAUAUGCGCUGGAUCCCUCCGUCCGAGGCUACUUCCCAGGGCUGGAAGUCUCGGCAGUUCUGCUGAGGCUGUGCUUGAAAACACCCUGCCCAGUUUUGAUCCCUUCAAGACUUCACAACAGCCUCUAUCACACAUCUGUUUUCCUCAAAGAAAAAAAAAUAUAUAAUAAAAUGUGUUUUACUCUUUUACACUGUAUAAUUUUAAGAAAUGUGUUAUUUGUGAAUGCAUGGUCUGACAUUUCUGUACAGUCUGGAGACAUAGAACAAAGACAUCAGCAGUAAAGCCAGGAUGGUUAGUAUUUUUAUAACAGACAUUUUAAGAAUGGAUAAUUCCUAAUUUUAAGAUGGAUUCUUACACUAGGUUACAUCACAACUUUUCGCUUGAUUUUUGAAUGCUUUUAAUGGUGUUUAUCUUAUUUUUCUUCUGAAAUAAGAUGCAUGUUUGAAGCAUAUCUCUAAAUAGCAUCAAACUCUGCACAACUGUGUUGUAAAUGUGUGGACUCCCUCUGCCUGGCCCCAUUACUAACUUGCUACAGUAUUGGCUCUGUAAUCCUGGCUCCCCCGGAUCUCUCUGCAAGACAAUCAAUGCCCCCAAGAGCAUUUGCCAUUGUAGGGUAUUCAGCACUGGGCAAAGACUACUUAGGUAAUGUCUCUGAAAACCAUGGCCACUCUGGCUGAGACUAUACCAACUGUGCCCAGGGAAAUAGUGACUUUCUAUACUUAAGUGUUUAUGAUAGCACCCUCCGAGUGUGCAACCUAAUCUAUAUCACCCACCUUCCAUAAACUGUUUCCAUUACCCCAGUGGAACUGUAAGGUCCACCUUACAUCUAAGUGGAGGGAGCUUAGUUUGGAGGCAAACUUCUUUUGCCUCAAAAGAAGCAGGCUUACUCAAUCAGCCUGCAGUGGGCAUCACAUCUCUCUCAAGUGACUCAGCAAAGCACUGGCCUGAGUAGCUAGCUGGUCUGGCAGCCAUGUCAGAUAGGCCGUCCAUCACGGUCUCUGGAACACUGUGUGCUCAUCUUGAGACUACCUACUAUGUUGCACACUGUGAGCAUGAAACCAUGGCCCCCUGCAGUGAAUACUGUUACCCUUGCUCCGAGACUUCCUCAAAGCCCAAAGUUAGUCUUGUGUCGUGUGCCAACACAUUUCCAGGGGCUGUGAUGGCACAGCUUCUCCUGCUCCUCAGAAGGAGCCGUGUAUUAUGUUGACCUCAGAAUUUCCAGCUGCUGAUACAACUAGACAUAAUCACAAUCUUUGUAUCUUUGUUAAUGAUCUGCUUGUGUUGUGUUGAAAAAGGUCAUAUUUUAAUGAUUAUAUCAGUGGUUUGGUAGGGUUAUUUCAUUAUUUUUCAUGACAAAUAAUGUCAAGUUUUUAAAGGUUAUUAAAGAUACAGAAACACCAAAGCCUGGAAUAAGGUCCUUUUCACUGUAAACUACAGGACAGGGAGCAGGCAGCACUGGGGACUUAAGACAUCCAGGCUGGUGUUCAGGGACUGUCCCGACCCCCGCGCCACUUGACUGUGAGACUCCUGUCCUUGCUUCAUCAUCAAUUAUGCUUUUAUAAACUGUGUAAAGGUACUUUUGUAUUGUCAUUUUUAAAAAAUAAUAAUAAUAAAAGUUUAUUCCAGUCAUCA